ACAGUCAGCCCGUUCUUGAGGGACUAAUCAACACGUCUUUUUCAGUCUAAUCUCCAGCAGAAAUGACUUCAUUCAGGUGAUCUGCGAGAAAUGUUUUAUUGCUGACCUCGGGGAUUUUCGGACUCUCCGCUCGCUGACCAGUCGCAGAACUUUAUAAACUCCAGUCUCUGAGGACUUUCACUGAGGCGACGAUGGAGCGGCGUCGGGGUUUUCACGCGUUCGUUUUGAUGCUGGUGACUUGUGUUCAUUGUACCUUGGGCAUGGAGACAAAUAAGGAUAUUCCAACAGAAAAACUGCUUGUACUUACUGUUGCAACACAGGAGACGGAUGGCUUUCUCCGCUUCAUGCAGUCAGCAAACUACUUCAACUUCAAUGUGAAGGUGCUUGGGAUGGGAGAAGAGUGGAAGGGAGGUGACGUGGGUCACUCCAUUGGUGGAGGCCAGAAAGUUCGACUGCUGAAGGAAGCCAUGGAGUCUCUGGAUCAACAAGAGGACUUGGUGGUCUUGUUUGUCGAUAGUUAUGACCUCAUCUUUGCUGGUGGAGCUGAGGAGAUUCUCAGAAAGUUCCAGCAGAGCAAUCAUAAGGUGGUGUUUGCUGCGGAGGGAAUCAUCUGGCCAGAUUCUCAACUGGCAGAGAAGUAUCCGUCUGUACGCAGUGGGAAACGCUUUCUCAACUCUGGAGGGAUUAUUGGCUAUGCCCCAUACAUACAGAAGCUUGUCAGCCAGUGGGACCUUCAUGAUAACGACGACGAUCAGCUUUUCUACACGAAGAUCUACGUGGAUCCGAUUCAGAGGGAAAAGCUUAACAUGACCUUGGACCACAAGUGUGAGAUUUUCCAAAAUUUGAAUGGAGCUCUGGAUGAAGUUCUCCUGAAGUUUGGCACGGAGCGAGUACGCGUGAGGAACACCAUCUACAAUAGUCUGCCAGCAGUUAUACAUGGAAAUGUGAACACCAAGGUAUACUUUAACUACCUGGCCAACUACAUUCCCAAUGCAUGGAACUAUGAGCGCGGCUGCACCAUCUGUGACCAAGACAUGGUGGAUUUGUCUCAGCUUAAAGAGUUUCCACAAGUGACUGUUGGCGUAUACAUUGAGCAGCCGACUCCAUUCCUGCCAGAGUUUCUCGAGCGGCUCCUGAGUCUGGAUUACCCCAAAGACAAAUUGAAUAUUUUUAUUCAUAACAGCGAGGUUUACCAUGAGAAGCACAUACAGAAGUUCUGGGAAGAGAACAAGGAUGUGUUCGGCAGUUUUAAAGCCGUUGGCCCUGAGGAGAACUUAACUCAAGGAGAAGCAAGGAACAUGGGCAUGGAUGUGUGCCGGAGAGAUCCUUCUUGUGAUUAUUUCUUCAACAUUGACGCGGACGUGAUGCUCACGAACCGACAGACUCUGAAACUCCUCAUCGAGCAAAACAGAAAAAUAAUUGCCCCCCUUGUCACCCGUCACGGAAAACUUUGGUCCAACUUCUGGGGAGCUCUGAGUCUGGAUGGUUAUUAUGCCAGAUCUGAGGACUACAUUGACAUUGUGCAAGGAAAGCGAGUCGGAGUGUGGAACAUUCCUUUCCUGGCCCACGUCUACCUCAUAAAGGGUCAGACUCUGAGAAAUGAGCUUAAAGAGAGGAAUGUCUUUGUCUUGGAGAAACUGGACCCUGAUAUGGCCAUGUGCAGGAAUGCCAGAGACUUGACAGUACAUAGAGAAAGAGAAUCUCCUUCUCCGGAAUCAUUCCAUAUGCUCAGAUCCCCAAAGGGACUUUUCAUGUAUCUUACAAAUCGGCAUGAGUUUGGAAGGCUUAUUUCCACUGCCAACUACAACACUUCUCAUUAUAACAAUGAUCUCUGGCAAAUUUUCGAAAAUCCUCUGGACUGGAGAGAGAAAUACAUCCAUGCCAAUUACACACGAAUAUUCACUGAAAACCUCUUGGAGCAGCCGUGCCCAGAUGUUUUCUGGUUCCCUGUGCUCUCGGAGAAAGCCUGCAAUGAGCUGGUGGAGGAGAUGGAAAACCACGGGACAUGGUCUGGUGGAAAACACGAGGAUAAGCGUAUCACCGGAGGCUACGAAAGCGUCCCGACAGAUGACAUUCAUAUGAAACAGAUCAAUUACGAUCAGGAAUGGCUGCACUUUAUCAGAGAAUUUAUCUCCCCUGUCACUCUCAAGGUUUUCUCUGGCUAUUACACCAAGGGCUAUGCGAUUAUGAACUUUGUGGUGAAGUACACUCCAGACAGACAAGCCUAUCUUCGACCACAUCACGACUCCUCAACGUUCACCAUUAACAUCGCUCUCAACAACAAAGGCUUAGAUUUCCUGGGCGGAGGUUGUCGAUUUCACAGAUAUAACUGCUCCAUAGAAUCUCCUAGAAAAGGCUGGAGCUUCAUGCAUCCAGGUCGACUCACUCACCUUCACGAAGGACUGCCGGUGACCAAUGGCACGCGCUACAUAGCAGUGUCUUUCGUAGAUCCCUAAAUUCCCCUCAUCCUUCUAGGAAUCUUUGAGAUGUUUUGUCAAUUCUGUUUUGUUGUUGGUGGUUUUUACUGAUUUAUUCCUGGCUUACAUGUCGUGGUGCCUGUUUUAUUUGCUGUCUUUUAAAACGUUUACUACUGUCAAGAGAGAAAAUGCUGUUCAACACAUUCGUAAGACAUAUCAACACACACACAAACACAGACGAGCAUUCACUCCAGCAGAUUUUCGCAAAUCUUAGUUGUUACUUUAAAUUAGAGAUUUCCCACAAUUUUUAUACUUCGACUUUGGCCAAAUGUCCUUCCUGAAAGUUUCUAUUUGCUAAAUUGGAAAUUGUGAUUUCCCAAAUUGUGCUUUUAAAUUAUUUUCAUCACCCCCACUUACCAGCAAAUUAUUCCUAGUUUAAUAUAAAGCGAAUGAUGUUGUUCCAUUCCAGUGCAGUUGCAGUGAUCAGGCAAGCUUUGACAACAUUUGAACCCAUAGUGCUGUGUUCUGCAUAACUCACUUCACAUUCAGCGUCUAAAAAUAAAUUGUCCCUCCAACUUUAUAAGUUGAUACUUAAACUGAAACACUUUAAAAAUAAGAAAGUCAGGGAAACACAAAACCUGGUAACACUUUACAAUACUAAACAUUAUUAUAAAUCAAUGAUGAGUAAAGGCAUGUGCUAAUCAUGAACUAACUUUAGCUACAACAUGAUUCACAAGAGUUCAUGUGUAAAUAACAGCUAAUUACUUGUUAGUGAAUGUUUUUAGAUUCAUUCAUUCAUUAACAUUCAAGCUGAAUGUAACCAACAUGAAAUCAUGUAUAAUUAUGUCAUGACUUUACUCGAAGGGGCACAUCGUCAUGAACUCGUGUUUAAACUCUUCUUGUUAAUGUUGACAGAACACUUUCCUAUUGUUAUUCAGUGUAAGCGCACUGGU